UUAUUAAGAUAAAAAAUAUAUUGUACAACAUUUCGGGUGUCAUACUAACGAUUUAGUAUAAUAUAUUAUACGUGAUAAUAUUGAAUCUGUAUGGUCAAGUUCGACUUUCAAUUCGAUUUUCCUUUGAUUAUUGCGACUGCUUAUAUUGGUUUCUGAUCUAAAAUUGCUUCAAUCUGACUCAUCGAAUGCUCGCAAAUUUCACAGUGAGUCUAUACUCAACUCGCAAAGGUACACAAUCGACAAAAUAUACAAAUAUCGAGUAAACUCGCAGAAUCAAUCGCGACAUUGAGAAAUACAAACUCGUCGUUACCGACUUCGAAAUUUUCUUAUACUUGCACUUUCAGCAAUUUCGAAUAAUCAUACAAAUAUCGGAUAAUCUCGCAGAAUCAAUCCCGACAUUGAGAAAUACAAACUUGUUGUUACUUUGUCAUCUGAAUAUUUUUAUCCUCGCACUUUUAACAGUUAUAAAUAUGAUUCAAGGUUUCUUGCAAAAUUAAACAUAUCGGUUUCACGUCAACAGCGAAAAUAUGCCUACAAAUUGUAUAAAUAAAUUAAUCAUUAAAAAAUUAUUUUCCAUUUUAUGCUAAUAACAUAGUAUACCAUUAUUUUAUUACGAAUUUCUCAAAAUUUUUCAUGCCACAUGUGAAUCUAUGAAAUAUGUUUAGAAUUUUCUGUUGAUUAAAUUUAUUUAAAACGCAUUUUUAUUCAACAUUUUUUUUAUUUCUCUGUAUGAAUAAUUUACAUACUAUUUUAGAAUAAUUAUAAAAGUAUGACAUAUCUCCUGAAUAAUCAAAUAAAUCAAAAUAGUUUAAUACUCAUAGAUUAGUUUUCUUAUUUCGAUUUUAUUUAUGCGUUUUAACACGUCAUCAGAUUUUAUUAUAUCGUUAAAAACCUUGAAAGCUGAGGUUAUAUAAAACAUUCUACGUCUGAUUGAAUUAUUCUCAAGACUACCGAAUAAAGUAUAAGAUGUUAUACUACAUGCUAAGUGUAUUCAGUUUUGUAACGUUGGGAUUAUCUACAAGUGGACAAUUUACGCCUCCUCUGAUCACCUGUAAGCGAGAUUCUGAUAAUUAUUCAGCUUGUUUAAAACACGCUAUACAGGAGGCAUGGCCACGAUUUAAUAAAGGUAUUCCAGAAAUAAGUUUUCCACCGUUAGAUCCAUUAGUUUUCAAAUAUGGUAAAAUUAUAGUUAAUUCAGGCGAGAUACAUGCAGAAGUGGGUUUCACAAAUCUUACUUAUAUUGGUUUAUCAGAAGCUCAUUUUUCUGAUGUGAGAACACACUUUCUUGAUAAUGAUUUCCGUUUAGAAGUCAAUACAGAUACACCCAAAUUACAAAUAAAGGGCUUUAGUAAACAGCGAUGGGUACUUUAUAUUAUUUACGUUAUAAUUUAUGUAAUAGGUCCUUUCAUCAUAAGUCUAGAUGAUGUGGUAGGCACAUGGGAUUUAAUAGGUGAUGUAGUAAAUGAUACAUGGAUUGUAAAGAAUUUUACUUACCCUCCUUCACCUCGAAAAUUUAGACUAAAUGCCGAUAAUUUAAUCGAGGGUAAUAAAGUGCUUAAUGAUCUUAUCUUAGGCUUUGUAAACGAGUUUUGGCCGCCAUUAUAUCGAACAAUGUUACCAGCAAUGAUCAAAAUGUGGAACCCAUGGCUAGUUGACAUUGCCAAUAAUUUCUUUUCAAAAGUUUCUUUCUCGCAGCUAUUUCCAUAAGUCUGAUGUAUUCAUUACAUAUUAAAAGAUAUUAACAAAUUUAAAUAUAACAUAAAAGCUAUUUC